UCUUUUGUCAGAUCAAACAAGGUACAAAAGAGUACUCCUCUUUGUGAUCAAAUGGGGAUCUUCCUUUGUAUUCAUUACCGUGUCAGUAAACUUAAGCCAGGGAACAAGAUUGGAGUAAAAAAGAGUGAGCACCACAAAACAAAAGUUGUACCAAGUUUCAAAUUUGUCCAUGGCUUCAUCAGUGGUGGCUCUGCCUGCAGACAACCUUAUUCACGUAUUCUGGGACGAGGGCAUGCUGAAACAUGACACAGGAAGAGGUGUUUUCGACACAGGAAUGGACCCUGGUUUUCUUGAUGUCUUAGAAAAACACCCUGAAAAUUCAGACAGGGUAAAGAAUAUGUGUUCCAUUCUCAAAAGGGGUCCUAUUUCACCUUUCAUUACUUGGCACCAAGGUCGCCCUGCUCAAGUCUCUGAAUUGUUAUCUUUCCAUACCCAAGAAUAUGUAAACGAACUAAUUGAAGCUGAUAGAAAUGGCGGAAAAGAAUUAUGUGGAGGGACAUUCUUAAAUCCUGGGUCAUGGGAUUCUACACUUCUUGCUGCUGGUAGUACAUUAUCAGCUAUGAAGCAUAUAAUUGAUGGACAAGGGAAAAUUGCGUAUGCAUUGGUCAGGCCACCUGGUCAUCAUGCACAACCUACUCAAGCUGAUGGCUAUUGCUUCCUUAACAAUGCCGGUCUAGCUGUACAACUGGCUUUGGAUGGUGGCUGUAGGAAAGUUGUUGUCCUUGACAUAGAUGUUCAUUACGGGAAUGGAACAGCAGAAGGAUUUUAUCGUUCUGAUAAGGUUCUUACUAUUUCCCUUCAUAUGAAUCAUGGUUCUUGGGGCCCUUCUCAUCCACAGGGUGGAACUAUAGAUGAGCUUGGUGAAGGUGAAGGUUUUGGGUAUAACCUCAAUAUACCUUUGCCAAAUGGAACUGGAGACAAAGGGUAUGGUUAUGCCAUGCAACAUUUAGUUGUUCCUGCUAUCGAGAAAUUUGAGCCUGAUAUGAUGGUUUUGGUUGUUGGGCAGGACUCAAGUGCUUUUGAUUCAAAUGGAAGACAAUGCUUGACAAUGGAAGGUUACAGAGAGAUUGGUCGGACAAUUCGUGGCAUGGCAGACAAGUAUAGCAAUGGAAGGCUCUUGAUCGUCCAAGAAGGUGGAUACCAUGUCACAUAUUCAGCCUAUUGUCUGCACGCCACUCUUGAAGGUGUGCUCGAUGUUUCAGAGCCUCUAUUGUCUGAUCCUAUUGCUUAUUAUCCUGAAGAUGAUUCAUUUCCAACCAAGAUAAUCGAAACUAUCAAAAAGUAUCAUAAAGAAGCUGUACCAUUUCUUAAAGAUGCUUAGUUGGGAUCUCUUUCGUUUUGCUUAUGAGCUCAAACACUUGAAACUGUGUCGCAACAACUCAGUGAUUGUACUUCUGUAUUGGUACCUGAUUCUCUACACAUUCUUGUCCUCGAGGAUGUUAAGGUGGAAACAAAGUUGUUGGGUCGAAGGGAAAUCAUUCCAAAAGAUACAUCUACUAGCAAAAUAGCUCAUUUUGAAUCAACCAUCUGAGGAUCCUUGAUCAUUUUCUCCUUUAAAAUGUCAUUCCUUUUAGUUGAUUUUAUGUCAACAACAUCACUCUCACUUUGUAAUUUGAUACUCUUUUCAUUCUCCAGGCCUGGUUUUUGAAGCUGACCUGUUGGACCCUGAUAACGUUAAUUGAGUAGUGUUAUUGUAGUGACUUGUUGAAAGGUUCACACUGCCACUAAGUUUAAUUUCACUAUACUGUACUAAGUUUAAUAA